AUGGCAGAGAAUCUUGCCAAAUCUGCUCGCAAGGCGUCUAAUAUCCUAAAGACGUUGUCAAAUGAUAAGAGGACGUCGGCUCUAAAAGUGAUUCAUGAUUCGUUGCGCGAUUCCAAAGAUGAAAUCAUCGAGGCAAAUAAGCUAGACUUGAAACUGGCGGAAGAAGCUGAUUUGCCAGAUUCGUUGAUCCGUCGAUUGGAUCUUGCCAAGGGCGAUAAAUAUGAUUCUAUGUUACAAGGAAUUCUUGAUGUUGCUGCUUUAGAAGACCCCGUCGGUCGGAUCUCGCUGUCUCGUCAUUUGGAUGAUGGUCUUGAUUUGUACAGAGUAUCGUGUCCAGUUGGAGUUCUUUUGGUUAUUUUUGAAGCUCGUCCUGAAGUUAUCGCUAAUAUCACGGCCUUGGCCAUCAAGUCUGGUAAUGCCGCUAUUCUCAAAGGUGGUAAAGAGUCACUUCAUACAUUUUCAGCCAUGGCUACUGCAGUUAAGAAAGCUCUGGCUAAAACAAGCAUUCCUCCCGAUGCUAUUCAUUUGGUCAGUACUCGUGAACAGGUUGGUGAGCUGCUACACCAGGAUAAAUAUAUAGAUCUUGUGAUUCCUCGAGGCAGUAAUGAGCUGGUUCGUCAGAUCAAGGCCAGUACGCGGAUUGCUGUAUUAGGACACGCUGACGGAAUCUGUUCGAUUUACGUACACGAUGAUGCUGAUGGUGAGAUGGCUGGCAAAAUCAUUGUCGACUCGAAAGUGAACUAUCCUGCUGGUUGUAAUGCUGUUGAGACCGUACUCAUCAACAAGAACCUUCUAUCGACCAGCAACCCAGCUGGACAGGCCAAGGUCACCUCUAUUAUAGAACAACUAGUGGAUGCCAAAGUCAAGGUGAAAAUCGCUCCAGAAAUCGAGGCCUUUUUGACCUCUGGAGACAACUCGUCGCCCUCUACAAUUGCUAUCCCAUGUCCUCAAAUCGAGCCUGCCACCGAAGCCGACUUUGAUCGCGAGUUCCUUUCUCUGACCAUUGCCAUCAAAUCAAUAACUGAUAUCGACGAGGCAAUCGCACAUAUCAACGAGCACGGAUCGCACCAUACCGAUGCCAUCAUCACUGCCUCCAAGGAUAAGGCCGAGAAGUUCUUGAAGGGAGUUGAUUCUGCUGGUGUCUUCUGGAACGCCAGUACACGAUUCGCCGACGGAUUCCGAUUCGGUUUCGGCACCGAAGUCGGCGUCUCGACCAACAAACUGCAUGCCAGAGGCCCCGUUGGCCUCGAGGGCCUCAUGUCCUACCAAUACCAGAUCAAGGGCUCAGGCCAAAUCGUCGGCGACUACGCGGGCUCCGGUGGCUCAAAACGCUAUCUCCACCAGGACUUCACUGUAGAUAACAAUUAA